AUGGCAAGUCGAAGAGUGAUAGUAGAAACAGAGUCAGAAAGCACAACCGAUACACAGACCGAGUCAGAAUCAUCGAAGAAUGACGACUUGAAAUGGUUGAAAGACCUUCCAUAUGAUCCAAUGGGAAAACUUUCAUCCCAUCUCGAAUUCCAGAGAACCCGGGUUGAAUGCAAGGCUGAUGCUCCCAUUCAUGUUCCAACAAUGGCUAUUGAAAAAGUUCUUAUUGCAAAUAAUACAUCAGUUGUUCAAGACGAAGUUCUUUCCCACAGGUUGGGUCUCAUUCCAAUCAAGGUUGACCCGAGAUGGUUUGAAUAUGCAGACAAUAAUACACAAAAUGAAAAGAACACUAUUGUGUUUAAGCUCCAUGUUCGUUGUGCAAAAGGCAUGCCUCGCAUUGCAGUAAAGUCAAAUGAAUUGAAGUGGUUACCCCAUGGAAGUGAGUUUCCUUUGAUCUCAGAAAAUUUGAAGUCUGGUUCAUCAUCAAAACCAAGAACAUACACAUCAUUCGCUUGUAGCCAGGAUUCCUUUCCAGAAAUUGAAUUAGAAGCACACGCUGUUAAAGGCCCGGUUGUAUUAUUGCAAAAAGUUGAAGACGAGUCAGUUGUGGAACUAAAAUAUAAAUGUCCGGUCAAUGUCUUUGAUAUUGAAGAUAUUGGCAACAUGGCCAGAUUUAAUGAGGUUGUUGCAAAGGCUCUGCCAGGGGGAGAGCUUAGAAAAAAAAAUCAAGAACUAGUUGAAGAAGAUAUUGAUGUUUGGGUUGCUGGUAAUUAUGAGAUUAGGGUGGCUGCCACUAUGAUGCUGUUGCUAAUUCAACAGCCUCUGUAG